UCACCUGUGUGGUUACCGGGAGCUGUAAACAAGGUGUGCAAGCAUCCAGAGAGCUGUCGGGAUGCAGCAGAGCGGAGCGGGUGGAGGCCGUGGCUGCGCUCUGCUCCCACUGCUGGGCGUCCUGCUCUUCCAGGGUGUUUACAUCGCCCUUUCCUUGGAGAUUAAAGCGGAUGCGCAUGUCCGGGGUUACGUUGGAGAGAAGAUCAAGUUGAAAUGCACCUUCAGGUCGACUUCAUCUAUCACUGACAAACUCACCAUAGACUGGACGUACCGACCCCCCAGCAGCAGUCGUACUGAAUCCAUUUUUCAUUAUCAGUCUUUCCAGUAUCCAACCACAGCAGGCACGUUUCGGGAUCGAAUUUCCUGGGCUGGAGAUGUGUACAGAGGGGAUGCGUCUAUCAGCAUCAGCAACCCUACCCUCAAGGACAAUGGGACAUUCAGCUGUGCCGUGAAGAAUCCCCCGGACGUGCACCAUAACAUUCCCGUGACAGAGCUAACAGUCACAGAGAGGGGGUUUGGCAUCAUGCUCUCCUCUGUGGCCCUCCUCUCCGUCCUUGUCUUCGUCCCCUCAGCCGUGGUGGUUGUCCUGCUGCUGGUGAGGAUGGGGAGGAAAUCAGCUAGGCUGAAGAAGAGGAACAAGUCUGGCUACAAGAAGUCGUCUAUUGAGGUGUCAGAUGAGCCAAGUUUAGUUCUGCCGAGGAGUACCAGAGGGAAGGUUGGAGGUGAAACUGGUGGAUAUUAAUUCAGAGAGAGAGGUGGAGGGGUGAACAGUAUGGUCCUACUCUCUCCUUCGGAAAUCAGAUUAGACUCUGCUAUGGUUCUGCAUACACAUCCCCAAGGAGAUCACAUUCCUUCCAACUUACCAGGAAAUUCCAACAAGUCGGUUAUUUUUCCCUUCUUGUUUCGACACCAAGCUGAUGUCUCCCGACAGAAAAUGCCUAAGCAGUGAGGAAGGCCUUAAGAAUAACAGCCUUAGACGGCAAAAACCGAUUUAAAGCAGCAAGAUCUGUUCUUGGUCAGCAGAUGCUCUGAGGGGCUAAUGGGAUUGUGAUUAUCCAAUCACAUUUAUGAAACGUCAUGUUGCCAGUGAGCAGGCAUGAUCCAGUAGUUUCUCUAAGAAUAAAUCUGCUAAAAAAAAAGGUGACAGAGUCUGCAUGAAAACCCUUUUCAUUCUCCAUUGUCUAUACCAGGGGUUCCUAACGUUGGGAGGGAACGCUUACCUGGGGAGGGUCUAAAAUGUUCUCUGUGUGUGUGUAUGUGUGCGGGCACGUUCAUGCGUGUGCAUUAUUUCACGGGAGAGGGCCCUUUCCAAGGAAUCUGUGGGCCCGCUAAAAAAGUAAUGAGCUCUUGGUAGAAAUACUAAAAUGUCUAUUUCUAAGCACAAUGUAACAAGCCUCCUCCUUAGGUCACAUUGUUUCCUGACAUUUCUUCUCUUUCACUCCACCUACCAGCUGCAUUGAGCUUAUUUGCUUCUCUGAACACACUGUAUACCCUCAAGUCUUUUUUUUUUUUUCCCCCACAUGCUUUUCUCUCACUUGGAAUCCUCCCCUUCCCUCUCUUGUUUGCCUGGAAAACUCUUCCUUGUCCUACAAGAAGACCCAGAUGAAGUGUCUCCUUCUUGUGAGUGUCCCUGAGUCGUGCCCCCCCCCCCCCCACCCCGGAGAGUAGGCCACUCCCUCCUCUUUGCUGCCAUAGCAGUUUGACCUUAAGGACUGAAACAUUUUAUUACAUCGUGUCAUAAAGUACUCAUUAAGUUUCAACAGGUUUCUCACACCCAUGAGAUUGUGAGCUCUUUAAGGGGCAGUGUUUUAUUUAUGUCUGUACCCCCAGCUCAGCACAAUGGCUGAUCCGUGGUGGCUCAUACAUUCGUUUCUAAAUGAACGAUUGGGAACAACCCCUAUUUAUUGGGCACUUCCUAUGUGUCAGGCACUGUGGGACGUGUUUUACAUGUGGUUAUUUUUUAUCCCAGAGCUUAAGUCACCUGCCUAGUCACCCUGCUAGUAAGUGGCAGAACUGGAAUUUAAAACGCCACCUGUCUGACUUCAACAGCGGCGUGCUUAACUGCUCUACUGUGCCGAGGACAGUCAUUGUUCAGAUCUGGUUUGUCCUUUUU